AUGCCGGGGAGCUCUUCCACAGACCCUCCGACCACCUCCCUGGCUGGCAAAACCUCCCUGGCUGGCAAAACAGUCCUCCUCACCGGCGCAACAUCAGGGCUGGGAUACGAGGCCGCGAUCAAGUUUCUCAAUCUUGGGGUUGAAUCUCUUGUCUUGGGGAUCCGGGAUCUCGAAAAAGGCAGUCACACUAAGGCCGAGAUUGAGGAACGCACGAAGCGACCAGGGGUAGUCCAGGUCUGGAAACUCGAGAUGAGCAGCUUUCAGAGCGUCAAGGAUUUUGCCCAACGGGCCAAGGAUGAGUUAACAAAGAUUGAUAUCGUCUUGUUGAAUGCCGGUCUGUGGAAUAAGGCCUAUACCAAAUCUCCGGAGGGCUGGGAGGAGACUCUUCAAGUCAAUACCCUCUCAACAUCUCUACUCGCGCUACUUCUCCUACCUAAACUUCAAUCAAAGUCGGGGUCUGAGCCAGCUCAUUUGACUGCGGUGUCCAGUCAACUCUUUACUCGCGUCAAAGCCGACAGUCUUCGAACCGAUGGCCCGCUCCUAGAACAUUUGAAUUCCGCCGAAACAUUUGGGGGCCAGCAGCAGUAUGCCAUAUCUAAACUGCUUCUUGAAUACGUCAUCAAAACAAUCUCAGAGAAGAUUGGCAAGGAUGACAACUCUCCUAUUGUCAAUACGGUUAGUCCCGGGCUCUGUCGGUCAUCACUCGGUCGCCAGUAUGACCGAUUUUAUGAGCGGUGGGCUGUCGGCUUGAUGCAUCGUCUCAUCGCUCGUACAGCAGAGGAAGGGGGUGAAGCUCUCGUCAGCGCAACACUUCAAGGCUCCGAGUCGCAUGGCCGGUGCUGGCGGAUCAAUGACUAUGUUGACGAAUCUCAGGCAUUGACAACAGGCGACGAAGCGAAGGAAUUCCAACAUAAGGCGUGGGCAGAGAUCUUCGCCAUCCUGAAGCAGCAGGCACCCGAGCUACAAGAAGUUAUUUGA